AUGACACAAAGCAACCACCACCAACCACACAUCACGCGGCCGACGCGUCAUAGAAUCACAAGAACACCCAUAACAAAUACUCUUCUACUUCUUUUCCUUGUUGUGGGAUUUGUGUUGUGGUGUGAAAGAGUCAAGGCCGAUCCAUCACUUGAAGUUUCAUUUGUACCAUCCACAACGUAUGUGAAUGACACUUCAGGAAAGCCAAAACUCUCUGUGAAAGUGAAUAAUUGGCUGAUGCCUUUAACAGCGGCCUUUGAAUAUCAAAUAUAUUACCAAGACGACUAUGCGAAAAUUCCAAUGACAGAUAAAAUCAAAACACCCUCUCUGAAUGUCAUUCCAUUUACAACGAGAUUUGAAAUUGUGUUACCAGUAUUCACUGCGGUCGCCAAUUACACUGCCAGAGUCGAUGUAAAAACGUUGAAUUCUUUUCCCGUUGCAAAUACUAUAAAUCCAUGGUCCGUCAACAAAAUGAUCAUCCAAUCAUAUAAUGAAUUUACAUCCUUUGAUACGUUAAGCAAAUUAUCAUUGACAGAUUUGGAACAAGCUUCUACAAAUUCCUUAUUAUAUGCAUUGAGUUCGCACAAACAAAAACUAUUGGACUCACUCACGAUGGCUCUUUGUGCCAUGAAUCCCAAUACUUCAACAUUGCAUGAUACCAAGUCAUUGGUCAAUUCAUUUAAAUCUGUUUCUUCAUUUAAAGAAGAAUUAUCACAAAUGAGCGUUGGAGGAAUUACCGAUUCCAUUAGUGAUUAUUCAAAAAUUAUGGUUUCUCUUUCGAAGAAUCAAUCUUCCAAUUCUGAAGUUCAAUCGAUAAGUAAUAUGGUUGACACAGUCAAGGAUGUAUUGGGUAUUAUUUCAAAUUGCAUGACUGCAUUGAGAUCUUAUACAAAUAACAAGUAUAGCUCAGUAAUUGAAAAUAUGAUUUCAGUGACAGCAUUGACAGCUAACACGACAGACAGUCAUAUAUUGAACAAUGAAGCUUUUGAGGUAGUGAUAUUGCCAGAUUUGACAAACCAAACAAGCAACCCAUUCCUGACUCUCAAUGGAAGCAUCAUUAUUUUCACUCCCAACUCAUUAAUUUCUGAGACUGCGAAAUCGGGAAAGAAACUCUCUUUGGGAAGUGUCAAAUAUUUGUAUAGCUCAAAGAUUGUACCCAGCCAAACUGUACAAUUAGAAUUCAAUUCUACCACAACAACUAUUAUAACAGAUACUUUACAGGACUUGUCAAAUACCAUUCAAAUCAUUUCACAAAACAUCACACUGAACUCCACUCUAACUAAUAACUCAUCUAUGCCAUUGAUUCGAGUUUCCAUAGCCCCAAUCAUUUCAGUAGAAUAUUUACAAAAUGGAUUGAUUACAGCUCUCACAGAUUUGCCUCAACCCAUUCAAAUACUUUUUCCCACUCUCAACACGUCAAUGAUUUCUCGAAUUGAGCAAUUUACGAAAUCAUCUAACCUCAAAUAUAAUUUUAUAUGCAUGUAUUGGAAUGAAACAGUGAACGCUUGGAAAUCAAAUGGAUGUGUAACACUCCAGCUAUCAACCUAUUACAUUAGAUGUGAAUGCGACCACACAACCAAAUUCACUUCAUUUAUUGAAUUUUCACAAGAUACACGCUCAACCUUCUCCUCUGACCCACAAUUAAUUGCACAAAUUAUCAUCUCGUCCAUAUUUAUCAUUUGCAUUCUGAUCAUCCUUGUAGGAUUGGUCAUCAUGUCAAAUGUCAAAGCUUUCACCAAACAACCUAUUAAGAGUCGAUGGAUAUUCCCAUACCUUUCACUGAUUGCUCUACUCAUUGAAAAUGCCUUUUCCAAUAUUGUUUCAGAAUCGAUCACGCUCAGCAUUAAUAAUGGAGCUUCCAUUAGUUACGACGCUGUCAAUAUUUUCAGAGAUGUGUCUGCAUUGGUUGUGGUUACUUUGAUUUCUUUGGCAAUUUGGAAUUUCGUGUUAAACCACAUUAGAUACAUUUUGUUUAGAUACAUGUAUGAAAUUAUGAGCAUGCUCAAUGAGAGACAACUUUCCUUAAAACAAUUAUCACCAAUUGUGAAAUUCAUUUCCAACAAGAAGUUUAUGAUUCUUUCCAACUGUGUCAUCAGCUUAUGUGUGAUUGGCUAUUUUGUAAUUUUUGUUUCUCUGGCAAGAACAAGUGUCAUUACAUCGACCACUUUUUCAUGGAUUAUGAGUGUAUCCUUCUUUGUAUUUGUCAUGGUUAUGACCACAUGCUUAAUUGGAAUUUAUUUGUUUGAUAUUUAUAUGGAGGUCAAGUACAAACAAAUAUCGAAUGAAAUGAAAAAUGUGGGCAAGUUCAUCAUGUCAAGUGACCACGGUAACAACAACAAAACUCAACAACAAUCAGGCUCAUCAAAAUUGGAGCAUUUCGUACAAGGUGUGACAAAAUCAUUCCCUAAAACGGGUGCAAAAGGCGUUCAAGUGAAUUGGAAAUUUUACUCAAAUUCAUCGUUCCUUCGAAGAAUGCAACAUUUCUUUUUAACCAAUGACAGAUUAUUUUUCAGAUUAGAAGCUGUUAUAUUUUUCGUUUCCAUUGCACUCUUCAUUAUUGCUUAUGGUUUAGGAUUUUCCGUUCUUGCCGAGACUAAUUCAACAACGAGCACAGAUACUUCAACCUCGUCUUCACCAUUUACCAACGAUAACCUCACUCUCAAACUUGCAUUUAAUUUAGUUUUUCAAACAUUAUUUGAAGCAGGAUUUAUCAUUGCCUUUGGUGGAUUGGUAUUUAUUGGAUCGUUCAUUAAGAAUUCCAAGAAUUUAUCAGCAAGAAACAAAUCUUCGACCACCGAUUCCGUAGUAGAGAGCGAACAGGAUGCUGUAACAAAACUUUUGAAGAAUCCAAGCACUAAAAAAGUUUUUGAGCAAUUUUGCAAAUUGGAAUUCUCAUUGGAGAAUGUGAUCAUGUGGACCAAGGUUGAGAAUUUUAGAGAGUUAUUGAAAAGCACAGACAGUAGCCACGAUUUAUUUAAAAAGAUUUGUGAAGAAAUAGAAGAAUGGAAUGAGAGUCACUUUUCAUCCAGUUCUCGAUUUGAGAUUAAUUUUUCUUCACAAGCAAGAGAAAAGUUUGAAAAAGUUAGAAAAGAAUUGACAGCUCACAAAAACAAUCAUGCAUCAACUCUCUCAGAUGAAUUACUGAAACAAGUUUCUGACUUUGCCCAUAGUGUAAACUUGGAGCUUAUUUUAAACAUCAACGAUACCUAUUCGAGAUUUAUUCUCACUCCUGAAUACAAGGCUCUCUCAAGUAUCGCCGUUCACUUGAACUACCGAGCUCAUGAUUCUACUAUUUUUGAAAACAGAAAAACUAGAAGACUUCUUCUCAACUUGAAUACUAUGGCUGCAAAAAAGGCCAUCAAUUUAGGCGCUAUUGAACAGGCCAGAACCUUUGUCAAUAUUGCACGCGAGUUGUUACUCUGUGAAAACACUAAUAUUUGGGAAGAAGACUCUUUCUUAUACAAUAUUGCUUUUGAUUUACUGAUUGCACAAGGAAAUUGCGAAUACUCUUCAAACAUUGACUCUGCCAUUUCAAUUUUCAACUCUGCCAUUGAAAGAUCAAAAACGAAGCAUCACCUUUAUCAAGCAUGCUAUCAUGCUCAAAUGGCAUACGUGUCACUAGGGCAGUUUGAAAAGGUUUUUGAAAUACUUCAGAGCCAUAUUUUUCCAUCGAAGGACGAACUAAAAUUUCUAACAUUUCAAACCGAUGUUGAACAACUGAAAUUAUUUAUGAAAACUAAGAUGGAUUACUUGAAAAACACUUUGUUGAAUCGCUUUACAUCUAAACAAGAUAUUAUGAACUUGCCUGAUCUGAAUGAUUUGGAAAAGAUCAAUUUCAUUAACAUUCUAGCCAUGAGUAGUCCAGGUGUCUAUUGCAUGCAAAGCGCCAACAGCAACUAUAUUUACAUGAUCAUCAUUCUUGUUUGCAGUGAAAUCAUUCUUCAGCACGGGCUUUGUGAAUAUGCACCUUUUGUUCUUUGUGCAUUAGGUUGGUUUUGGUGCACAUUUGAAUUAUAUCCACACAUGCAUAUUUUCGUGGAAGGAGGAGUAGAACUUGCAAGAACCAAAUACAAGAAUCAGAAACAUUUGGCUGCAUGUUUGUUAUUACGACUUUUGAGCUUUUUUAUUCUUCCUGUGAAUUCGUUGGAAGUAUGGAAUAUGGCUGAAGAGGCUUUUUUAGUGACCAUGAAAAGCAAUAACAAAGAUAUAGGAGUAUUUACCAUUGGACAAUAUACAUAUCAUCAUUUUUUUGAUGCGAAUGGCGAUAUGAAAACCGCUAUUAGUUUAAGCAACAAAGUCAUAGAAACAUUGAAGCAUAUGGGAAAUUUUGGUCUAGCAGAUACAGCCCUUGCGCAGUUAGAAAUGAAACAAGUGUUGUGUGGUGAACAUGAACGCUUUGAACCUCCCUACUUGACAGAUGUUUUCAGUCAGCCCUUUUACAGUUACUAUCACUUCAUGUUCAAGGGUAUUUCAUUGUACUUUCAACGAAGCGUUGAAGAGGCAUUUCAAUGCUUUGAGAAGACAUACGAAUUAAGAUAUAAUACAGCUGGAUUGAACAAUGAAUGGCUCAAUGCGUUGUUUAAUGGGCUAACUGCUUGUGAAUAUGAAACUUAUUUGCUGAAAAGUGCAACAGCUCCCUCACUAGUUGAUAGAUGUGACAAGCUAAUAGAGUAUUCAUUGCAAACCAUUGAAAAGGUUUCACACACAAAUCCAUUGAUAUUUCAAUGUUGGCAUCAAUUACUGUUAGCUGAACGUUUACUCGUUGAUUUUCGACGAUUUGGAACGAAAAACACAGCUACAAUUAUUUCCACCUAUAACAGAUGUCUCAAGCUAGCAAUUCAAGAACGGAAUUUACUCAUUCAAAAAUUAGCUUAUUGGAAAAUUGGUGUCCUGUACCAUGAGCUUGAAAUGGACGAUAGUGUGAGCGGACGAUAUUUCUCUCAUGCUUAUGCUCAAUUUAAUGAAAUGGGAAUUAUUAUAUUUGCUGACUACUUGUGGACGAAUUAUAGACAACAAAUUGAAGCAUACGAGAAGAGUCUCUACGAGAAUCAGUUAGAAUUGUCUAAACAACCAUCUAGCAACAUCUCGUCACAAGAUAGUUUUAUUGAUCUAUCAAAACCACACUGCUUGCUGUCACCUUAUAACAAGAGCGUAAUUGAAGAAAAUAGUGAUCUAGAUCUGAAAGAAAUAUUUACUUCGAUUUUACCUUUAAUUAGGGAACAUACUGAAGCCAAGCGGUGCUGCUUGAUGUUAAAAAGAAAUUCUAUUCUGUAUUUAGAUGCAGAAUUAACUACAAACAAACAGGACAGUAUUGAUGUAGAGAAUACAAAUAUUUCACCAAUAAUGACCAUCUACGAAGGAAGAGCAAUAGACUCAACACUGGAAUUGCCAAUACCUGUAACAAUGGCUUACAGAACUUUACGAACUAAAACAGAACAACUCUAUCCAAAGGAAGACAAAACUGAACCUUAUUUUGAAAAGAACCAGAAAACAAUUUUCUCUGCUUUAUGCGUUCCCGUAAUAAGAGAACGUAGUUCAAUUGGAUGCAUUUAUUUAGAAAAUAGCGAAAAUGCAAGUGGUUUCUCUGUGGAAAACGUGACUAUGGCCAAUCUAAUCAUCUCUGUCAGCAUUGAUAACGCAACAAUUUUCAGUUCCAUUAACAACUCUUUUACUCGCUUCUUGCCGUCUGAAUUUUUAAAGAUGAUAGGAAAAACACACGUUACCAAAGUACAACCAGGUGAUGCUGUGACAAAAGAAAUGACCAUUCUUUUUGCAGAUAUAUUUGGAUUCACAGAAAUAAUUGAACAGUUGCUACCGAAAGAAGGAUUUCAUUUUGUCAACAGAUUAUUAUUGGAGUUAGCUCCACCAGUUUCAAAACACGAAGGAUUUAUCUAUAGAUAUCUAGGUGAUGCAAUCAUGGCCUUAUUUCCUGAUCCCAAUUCAGCCGUCAUGGCUGCUCUAGAAAUAAUUUCAAAUCUCGAAAAAUUCAACAAGAAUAAUAUUUGCAAUAUCAAAAUUGGAGUUGGAAUUUCCAAUGGCACAGUCAACAUUGGAACAGUCGGAUAUGAAGAUCGAAUAGAUGCUACAAUCAUUUCUGAUACAACAUACAUUGCUGCAGCUUGUGAAUCUCUUACACGAGUGUUUAACACUCAAAUUAUUGUCACCGAAAGUGUGAUCCCAUUCAUUUCAUCCACUGCAACAAAUGAUCAUGUACACUUGACCCUUCUUGGACAAUUUAUUUUACCUCAUCAUAAUUCCAAAGCAAGAAAUUUGUAUGACGUCAAAAAAAAGAGUUCCAAGACAGAGGAGUCUUGGUUGAAAGAGCGUUCUGAACUCACCCAAGUUUUGGACUUGUUUCGAGAGAGGAAUUUUCGAGAAUGUUUUUCAGCAGCAACGCAACUCAUUAAGCAGAGUCAAAACAAGUGUAUGGUUUCCAUAUGCCGAAAGUACAUGGAAGCAUGUGAACGGUAUGCUGAUCAUCAACUACCUGAAGAUUGGUGUGGCGAAAUUCGUUUAGGUAGAGAGGGAGAAAUAAAACCUUACCCCUUCUCGGUUUAA